AUGUCCUCGAAACACUUCAUCAACGAUCCAAAUCACCUCGUCUCCUCCGCCCUCAAAUCCAUAACCUACACGAAUCCAAAUACUGCUCUUGAUACCGAGAAUAAGGUCGUGUACCUGAGACCAUACGCCGCGAAAGCACAGGUCUCCAUCGUCUCAGGCGGUGGCUCCGGUCACGAACCGUCCUUUGCUGCCUUCGUCGGCCCAGGCAUCCUCUCCGGCGCAGUAGCAGGCACCAUCUUCGCGUCUCCCUCCGCAGAACAGGUCCGACGAUGCAUCUUCUCCCGCGUCGAAAAGAGCAAAGGCGUGCUCGUAGUGGUCAUGAACUACACCGGCGACGUCCUCAACUUCGGUAUGGCGGUGGAGAAAGCUAAGGCCGCUGGGAUUCCGUGUGAGAUGGUGGUGAUGGGGGAUGAUGCUGGUGUGGGAAGAGCGAAGGGUGGGAAGGUUGGGAGAAGAGGUAUUGCGGGGACGGUGCUUGUGCAUAAGAUUGCUGGCGCGCUUGCUGCACAGGGAGGGAGUUUGCAAGAGGUUCAUAAGGCGGCGCAGGUUGUCGCGGAUAACACUGUUAGUAUUGGCAGCUCGUUGAGCCAUGUGCAUGUUCCAGGUAGGGAGCAGGUGGAGGUUGAGGGCGAGUUGAAGGAGGAUGAGGUGGAGGUGGGCAUGGGGAUACAUAAUGAGGACGGAUACGAGAGGACGAAAGCAGACCUACCGAAAACGGUAGAGACGAUGUUGAAGUACAUGUUGGACUCCAGUGAUGAGGAUCGCGGGUUCUUGAAAGUGAGCGGCUCGGAUGAGACGGUUCUGCUGGUGAACAACCUGGGAGGCGUCAGUGUGCUGGAGAUGGGCGGCAUCACUACGGAAGUCGUGGAGCAACUGGAGAAGACAUACAGCAUCAAGCCCGCACGCAUCCUCUCCGGCACUUUCAUGACGUCCCUCAACGGUCUCGGCUUCUCGAUAUCGUUGUUGAAGGUAUCCGACCUUGGUGCCGGCAAGUCGAUGAUCGAGCUGCUAGAUGCGCCCUCAGAAGCCGCAGGCUGGUCCGCCGCCAUCAGCACCAAGACCUGGAGCUCCCCGCCGAGCAAGACGCUCGACCAAGCGGCAGGCCCAGGCGCAGACAAUAAACCCUCCAACCUCCGGAUCGACCCUAAACAAGUGACUAAAGCUUUGACAUACGCCCUUGACCGCGUAAUCAAGGCAGAACCAGACAUCACAAAAUACGACACCGUCGUGGGCGAUGGUGAUUGCGGCAUUGGUCUCAAGCGUGGCGCCGAAGGCAUCAAGAAAGACCUUAACUCCGCCAGCUCCCAAUCCGAUGCAGCGCUUUUCCUGGACCGCAUCAUUGAUACUGUGGAGAAUACCAUGGACGGCACUUCGGGCGCGCUUUAUGCCAUCUUUCUUAACGCGCUGGCGUAUGGUCUCAGGGAGCAAGGUGAUAGCGGUGGGCAAGCGGAUCCCAAAGUCUGGGCGACUGCAUUAAAAAAGGCAAUGGAGAGCUUGGCGAAAUACACACCGGCGAAGCCAGGGGACAGAACUCUGGUUGAUGCUUUGGCGCCGUUUGUGGAGGAGUUGAGUAAGAGCGCUGAUGUUCAGAAAGCGGCAAAGGCGGCUGAGGAGGGCUCGAAGUCCACGAAAGGAAUGAAGGCAAGUCUUGGGAGGACGGUGUACGUGGGUGGCAGUGGAUUCGAAGAGGUCCCAGAUCCUGGUGCCUAUGGACUUUCUGAGUUCUUGUCGGGGUUGGCUGAAGGGCUGAGAUGA